AUGAAUGCCCCCAGCAAAUCGGAUGAGAUGCGAGCAACUGGAAGAGCCAUUUCGGUGGAGACGGCGAUGGCGAUGGCGGUGGCGGUGGACUCCAGUGGUCACAUGCCACAGCCCGCUCAAGUGUUGCUGGGACGCGCCACCCAAAGCAAAAUGUCCCAGGAACCGAAAAAGACUCCUGUUACCGGAAUGGAUGGAGUGGCCGAAGGCACCGUGGCUGCCAUGGAUGAAAUAGCCCAGAAAAUGGACACUUUUGAAGACACUCUGGCGCCCAAAACUGAAGUAUUCCAGCAGCUGAACACUGCAUCACACUUGGCCGGAGUAUCCCAGACCAAACUAAAUCCUUCAAAUGAAUUACCACAAAUAUUCAGGGCUGCCGAGAAGGAUGCAUAUACUGCAGAAAACACUAAUGUCAAUGUUCUUCAAAAGGCCCCCACCUCGGUGGUGAUGGUGGAGCAACCAAAUACCAUCAUCGAGCUGGUGGAUCUUUAUGUGCCACCUGCGUCCGUGGCGGCCAGCAAUGGGAUCCUCCUGAACAGCCGCAUCAGCCGCCCGUUUUUCCCCAUUCCAGUGGCCCAGCAUCCUGAAUCCCAGGGCGAAUCCACGCCCAAGCCGGCAACAAAGGGCCGCAGGCGUGGCCCGAAGCCAGGUCCACCUAAGCCACGGCCUGCCAAGCGUCGUCGCGCCGAGACGCCGCCUCCACUGCCGCCGCCACCGAACUUCCUGGCGCACUGCAUCAAUCCGCUGGAGAACGAGAUAUAUCCCAAGGUCAUUGUCCAGCCGGCCCAUCAGCCCUGGGUGCUGCGCAAGGAUCUCCAUGAUGGAGCUCCCAAGCCGCGGCCGCCGCUGCCGCCGCCCCCGCCCCCGCCGCCUCCAGCUCCCAAGCCUGCUCUCAAAGUGGAGGUCAAGGAGGUGGUGAUUCCCAUCAGCGGAGCGCUGAACACGCCCACCACGCAGUCCCAGCCCCUGGUGGUCAGCGCCCAUAUUCGCGAGAAGCUGCAACUCUUUGGCCCGGACGUGACCAUCUCGCUGGUCAACAAUCAGGUAUCCUCGUACUUCAAGGCGGUCAGGCAGGAGGCCGAUGGCCACCAGCGGCAAUUGAUCUUUACCGCCGCACAGCUGCUCUCCUUCAGUGCCGCCCAGUACGGCAAUUGGCACCAGAUGGUGCCCAUCCAGAUGCUCAUGAUGAAGCCCUCGCCGGCCAUGCUGUCCCACUACUUUCCCGGACCCAUGGGUCAGAUACUGGUCAACAAAUUGUUUCCCAAUCAGCAAGCGCUUUUCCAGCCCCCCCCACUGCCCUUCAAGCCGCCCACCGUCCGGCCACCACAGCCCAAAAAACGCGCUCCUAGGCCCAAUCAAACCUAUCUACAUCCUGGCAGGCCGCCAGUAGCGAAGCACCUUGCUCCUCCUGCUCCUGCAGCUGCAGCUCCAGCUCGUUCAGUUACCCCCACUCCGACAACGACUGCGGCCAGCAGCCCGCCAAAGUCACCAGAGCAGAGUGCCCCACUAAUCACUGUGCCCUCCAUCCUCAGGCGCGAGUCCCAGGUGAAGCUGCGCCUGGCGCUGGAGGCGAGGAGGGCCAAGGUUAGGAAGGAGGCAGAGGAGGCGGCGGCGGCCAAGUUAAAUCUGAAGAAAGCCAAGGAGAAGGACGAGUCGAAGGAUGUGAAGGAUCUGGACAACUAG